AUGGCAGCCGACCCGUUUACCGCAUCGUUUCUGGAUAGGGCCGGCGCAAAGAGCAAGCACAUCCGGGUGCUGGAGCCCGCUGGUCGUGGGCGCGGCGUGUAUUCUCCUGUCUCAGCAAUCAAGGAUCUGGGCAAAAGCCCACUGGCGACCAUCCCCUGUCCGCUGAUCCUCACGGCCAACACAUGCCUCCAGUCGGAUAUCGUCUGCAGAUGCGUUGCUAUGCUCGAUGAGGCGCAGGCCAGCGAGGCAACCCUGCUGUCGCUGUUCCUCCAGGGAUCCAACGGACUCUAUCUGACAGAAGAUGACCUGGACGCUCUGGCCGACACGCCAGUCGCAGCCGCCGUCUCUGCCAAGCUCCGGCAUCUGCAGGUGCUGCACGGGCUAGUGGAGAGGGAGCUUUCGGCAUGGAAGCAGGAUAGCGGCAUUGGCGGUUCCGUCGACUUUGGCGCAUUCAAAUGGGCCAACUUCAUUGUGCUGUCACGGGCCAUAUCGAUGCAGAGCUUUCUGGAGUCGCCAGACGGCAGCGCGAUUCCUGGGGACGGCUAUGUCCAUGAGGGAUGCAACCACGCGCUGGUGCCGUUCCUGGACAUGUUCAACCACAGUGAACAGCCGACGGCAUACUGGGCAUUGCAGCCUGACGGAUCAGUCGCGGUGCUCAAGAACGACCAGCCUAUUGACCCCAGCCACCACGUGGAGGUUGAUGGCGAGCAAUAUGUCGAGCUGCACUUUUGCUACGGCCACAACCCGAGCACCGAAUGGGUGUAUGCCCACGGCUUUGUUCCAAAAGGCAACAAGCAUGACGCGUGGCCGUAUUUCCCCAGACUUCAUGGGAGCGACGGGCUUGUCCGUGUCAAGAUGAUGUGGGUUGCCGAGCUGGGGCUGACGCCGCGAGUCUCGCUCCCCGACCCUUCCUCAUCGACAGGGCUGGCUAGACCAAGCAAGCUCACGAUGUGCCUGGCGUGCCUUGAUGACGAUCCGUCAUCCAAAUGUGCCGAGGUAGUCGGCAAUGUCACAUUUGACGCACCGUACUUUGCCGUAAAUGACACCCUUGUUGACGAUGAUGACUUGCUGCUGCAGCUCCCUGGCCUGCUGACCCUGGCGGUAGAUCACGCAUGCUGCAGCCUGGCCGAGACUGCUGAUUCACUACGCAGCCACAUGUCCAGAGCACCGCCGCCAUCGCCUGUGGUCAGGGACUACCUCGAGACAUCGGUCAGGCUGCUCGGCGCGAUCCUCAGCAGCCUCAGAAAUCACUGA